CAUCAAACCCUUUCCUUUGUUUUCUUCUAUCUUCGCUCUCAACAGUCUGACGAAGCGCAACGAACCAUCAUCUCCCAUCUCAAUCGAUCAUUGGGGGAAAGACGAGACAAGCGAUGAUAACGCGAUCGAAUUUAGCAGAGCAGUUGAGAGAGUAUCAGAUUCGAUCUAACCACGAUUGGGCCUCUGUUUCGUUCUUCUCAUCAACGUCUAAUCUUACAUCGUCUAGGGUGGAUGUUGUUGUGUUUGUUAUAUGGGAACUUGUUAUUUUAGCUUUCCUGGUUUUCUCAGCCGUUUCUUUGUACUUUCGGCAUCUGCAGCUUGCCUUUAUUCUAGUAUGCAUCACAAUGCUAUUGUUUCUCUGCAUGAAAAUCACAAAGCAAGUGACAUUGGCCAGGAAAAAGAAGAGACGCAUGCUCCUUCCAUUAUCUAUGUAGAACUAUAUCUAGUUGUGUAAGUUUAAGACUUAAUGACCGUUGCAUUUGGCUCACAUGCUCUGGUCUAUUGAAAUAUGUAAUUGUGCCUAGAGCAAGUUGAUGAAGAAAUCUGAUUUGAUAUGAUCACCUAAAAGAGCCGGUGUUCCACUGUGAGUAAUUGUUUGAUGAGGAAAGUGGGGAUAGUCUAAUUGAACAUGCAGCAGUUAGUUUGAACAUAUGGUGUCAUUCGCACUACCCUUGUGCUGUAUGCAUCAUUGUGAGAAAAGCUACAUUAUAAUGCUAAUCCAGGUGUAGUUAAGAAUAUUUUACUGAAUUUUGUAAUUUGUUCGACCCAAUUGUAGUUUACAAGACAUCAGAGGAUUUGAAAUUGUCGUA